CAUUUCCACACCCUGCAUCUUUUGGUUCUAACUUCCAAGGGCUGGUCUACUUGUAGGUUCUACCCCGGAUUAUACCUAUUCCAAAUAAGUUUUUCUUCCUAAAUAUAGGAAUACGACCGUAUAUCUCGUCAACAUGUUUCCCUCGUGUGACACAACAUUCAAAUACCUUGGGCCUGGAACUACUGAAAAGGGGGAAAAAGUUUAUUUCCUUUGUCCAGAAAGUGCUCCUAGAAUCCUCUGUCCUGAUUCGAAAAUUCCACAACAAUAUCAGCAAGCAUGAAAAGAAAGAAAGACAUGUAGCAAACUCAAAUUCAGACAUACAGAAGCCUCGGAACUAUCAAAACCCUGUACCAUUCCAAUUGGCAUCCCUCUGUGCCUGCAAAUGUCGUGACAGAUCAAAAUGGAAACCCUAGAGCUGAUUAGAGUGCAUUUUUAAGACAAUUUUGAUGUUUCUUUCUAUCAGAAAUCUCACCUAAGCCUAAUGAUGGCGAUAUUCCGGCGCAGGAAACUAGCAGAUGUGCUUUGCCCUCAAAUUGUGGAGAAUACCCACAAGGAAAAUGAUAAGGAAAAGGGAUCUGACGAGGAAUUAAGAACCAAUUCUGCAAAUUUUGAAAGCACCCACAAGCAAAAUGGUACAGAAAAAAGGCCCGAGGAGGUCUUGAAAUGUAAUUUUCAAAAUUUUGAUGAUAACAAGCAAAAUGGCACUGGAAAGGGGUCUGAUGAGGUCUUAAGGUCUACUUCUCCAAAAUUUGAUAGUACAAACAAGCACAAGGGCACAGAGAAGCGUACUGUUGAGGUCACAGGGGAUAAAAUUAAGUCCGCCAAUGAAUUUAAGAAAUGGGGAUGCAUGGAUUCAUGCUGUUGGACUGUUGGAUACGUUUGCACAACAUGGUGGCUCUUACUCGUGCUCUAUAAUGCAUUGCCUUCAUCAUUUCCCCAAUAUAUAACUGGAGCUUACGUUGAUCCUCCUGGAGUUAGAUUGAAGAAGGAAGGCUUGACGGCACACCAUCCUGUAGUUUUUGUACCUGGGAUUGUUACAGGGGGGCUUGAAUUCUGGGAGGGAAGGCCUUGUGCGGAUGGGCUUUUUAGAAAGAGGCUAUGGGGUGGCAGUUUUGGCGAAAUUUAUAAGAGGCCACUCUGCUGGGUGGAACACAUGUCUUUGGACAAUGAAACAGGAUUGGAUCCCUCUGGGAUUAGAGUCAGGCCAGUUUCGGAGCUGGUUGCAGCAGAUUACUUUGCAUUGGGGUACUUUGUUUGGGCACUGCUUAUUGAAAACCUGGCACAUAUUGGAUAUGAGGGUAAAAACAUGCAUAUGGCUGCCUACGAUUGGAGACUCUCUUUCCAACAUACAGAGGUGCGAGACCAAACAUUGAGCAGGCUGAAGAGUACCAUAGAGCUUAUGGUCGAAACCAACAAUGGUAGAAAAGUUGUUGCUAUACCACAUUCCAUGGGAGCCCUUUACUUUCUACAUUUCAUGAAAUGGGUUGAAGCCCCUGCUCCUAUGGGUGGGGGAGGUGGCCCAGAUUGGUGUGCGAAACAUAUCAGAGCUGUGAUGAAUAUUGCACCGCCAUUUCUUGGUGUUCCAAAGGCUUUUACAGGGCUUUUCUCAGCUGAAGCCAAGGAUAUUGCUGUUGCCAGAGCUAUUGCACCUGGUGUUUUAGAUUCAGAGAUUUUUGGACUACAUACCCUGCAGCAUGUGCUGCGAAUGAUUCGCACUUGGGAUUCACCAAUGUCAAUGUUACCUAAGGGAGGGGAAACAAUUUGGGGUGAUCUUGAUUGGUCACCUGAAGAAAAAUGUGAUAGCAUUCCAAAGAAAACUAAACUCAAUGCAGCGCACAUAUGCAAGGAGCAUAGUUCAAACAAGUCAUCUGCAAAAGAUGUGGAUUCUAGAGAAAAGCCUCUUGUCCACUAUGGUCGGAUCCUUUCAUUUGGUAAGGAGGCAUCAGAACAGUCAUCGUCAGAACUAACAAUGGCUGACUACAAGACAGGAUCAAAAUGUAACAACUCUGCCCAGCAUAAUGUAUCUUGUGGGGAUGUUUGGACUGAAUACCAUGAGAUGAGCUGUGAGAAUUUCCAAGCAGUUGCCACGAAUAGAGUAUACACAGCAGGAACUAUUCUUGAUCUACUUCGAUCUGUUGCACCAAAGAUGAUGCAGCGAGCAGAUGCCCACUUUUCUCAUGGAAUUGCCGACAAUUUGGAUGACCCAAAAUAUAAUCACUACAGAUACUGGUCCAAUCCUCUUGAGACGAAGCUCCCAGAUGCUCCUGAAAUGGAAAUAUUUUCUUUGUAUGGAGUGGGUCUUCCUACCGAAAGAUCUUAUAUUUACAGAUUAUCUUCUUCUGAAACGUGUUAUAUACCUUUCCGAAUUGAUGGUUCAGCUGAUGGAGACUCAAAUAGCUGCCUGAAAAGGGGUGUGUACUUGGUUGAUGGGGAUGAAAGUGUGCCAGCCUUGAGUGCUGGAUUCAUGUGUGCCAAAGGUUGGAAAGGGAAAACAAGGUUUAACCCUUCAGGGAUGGCAACCCAUAUAAGAGAAUACGUGCAUGUCCCCCGUACAAAUUUAUUAGAAGGGCGAAGCAUGCAAAGUGCUACUCAUCUUGACAUUUUGGGGAACGUUGCCUUAAUUGAGGACAUCAUGAGGGUAGCAGCAGGUGAAACAAGCAAAGAGAUGGGCACUAAUAAAGUGUACUCUGAUAUUCUGAAAUGGUCUGAGCGGAUAAAUCUUCAGGUUUAAUGAAACAUAAUGUUUAGUUAAUCCUCUCAUGGAUUUGCUCUGAUUUUCUUGGUUUAGGAUGAAAUCUGAAGCAUGGUGCUUGGAAAUUUAAUUUUCAUUCAUAAUUCUAGUGAUAUGCGUUACAAUUAA